AUGUCUAAGAAAUGGGUUUCAGUUCUUCUGCUGCUACAGCUGAGUUGUUAUUUUAGCCCAAGGAGUUGUGGAAAGGUGCUGGUGUGGCCCACAGAAUAUAGCCAUUGGAUCAAUAUAAAGGUAAUCCUGGAUGAACUUGUCCAGAGAGGUCAUGAAGUGGUUGUUCUGACAUCUUCAGUUUCCAUUCUUAUUAAUCCCAAUGAAUCAUCUGCUAUUAAAUUUGAGAUUUAUCCUACAUCUUUUGAAAAAGAUCAUUUUUUGCAUCUUUUAAAGAAUACGCUCAAUAAAUGGAUAUAUGAUAUGCCAAAAGAGACAUUUUGGACAUAUCUUUUACAAAUGCAAGAAUUACUUAAUGAAUAUUAUGAGUCUCUUAGAAAGCUCUGUGAAGAUACCGUUUUGAACAAGAAACUUAUGACAAAACUACAAGAAUCAAGGUUUGAUGUCGUUCUUGCUGAUGCCAUUGGACCUUGUGGUGAGCUACUGGCUGAGAUGCUUAAAAUACCUUUAGUAUACAGUCUCCGCUUCUCUUUUGGCUUUGCAUUUGAAAAGCAUAUUGGAGAACUUCCACUCCCUCCAUCCUACGUACCCGUUACCAUGUCACAAUUAACAGAUAAAAUGACAUUCAUGGAGAGGGUAAAAAAUAUGUUAUAUGUGCUUUAUUUUGACUUCUGGUUUCAAGCACUUGAUGAGAAGAAGUGGAAUCAGUUUUACAGCAAAGUACUAGGUAAACCCACUACAUUGUAUGAAACAAUGAAGAAAGCUGAAAUGUGGCUCAUUCGAACUAAUUGGGAUAUGGAAUAUCCACACCCACUCUUGCCACAUUUUGAAUAUGUUGGAGGACUUCAUUGCAAACCCGCUAAACCCCUGCCUAAGGAAAUGGAAGAAUUCACACAGAGCUCUGAAGAAAAUGGUAUUGUGGUGUUUACUCUGGGGUCAAUGGUCAAUAACAUAACAGAAGAAAGAGCUAAUAUGAUUGCAUCAGCCCUUGCCCAGAUUCCACAAAAGGUUAUAUGGAGAUUUGAUGGCAAAAAACCAGACACCUUAGGGCCAAAUACUCGUCUCUAUAAAUGGAUUCCCCAGAAUGAUCUUCUUGGUCAUCCAAAAACCAAAGCCUUUAUAACUCAUGGUGGAGCCAAUGGCAUCUAUGAGGCGAUCUACCAUGGAAUCCCCAUGAUUGGCAUUCCUUUGUUUGCGGAUCAAGCUGAUAAUGUCAGUCACAUGAAGGCCAAAGGAACAGCUGUCAUAGUGGACUUUAACACAAUAUCUACUACCAAUUUGCUCAAGGCAUUGAAGACAGUCAUUUAUGACCCCUCCUAUAAAGAGAAUGCUAUGAAAUUAUCAAGAAUUCACCAUGAUCAGCCAAUGAAACCUCUGGAUCGAGCAGUCUUCUGGAUCGAAUUUGUCAUGCGCCACAAAGGAGCCAAACACCUGCGGCCAGCCUCCUAUGACCUAAACUGGUUCCAGUACCACUCUUUGGAUGUGAUUGGGUUCCUGCUGGCCUGUGUGACAACUGCUGUAUUUGUCAUCACAAAAUUUUGCCUGUUUUGUUGUCAUAAGUUUGCUAAAACAGGAAGGAAGGAAAAAAGGGAGUAG